CGUGCGUAGUGUCGUCUGCCUAACAAUUUCAUCGACACAGCAGCUGACAGUUCGGCGGUGUCGUGGCUGUCGUAGGAUUUACUGAACAUUUUGUUUACGUUACUGACAAAUCACUGUUACUAGCAGCAAGUGGUUUCUUGUGUCUUUUAACAGAAUCACCCCGGAGCAUACAUUGUUGUUAUUGUAAUAAUUGUCUGUUUGGACUUCAUCUGUGGAUUAAAAACAAAGUGUGGAUUUUCUGUGGUGUCCAGUAAGAGUUGUCCAGGAGUGGACUUUGUUGUCCAAGAUCGGCGUGGUUGGUGUUCGUAGUGUUCCAGCGAUCGGAAUUGGUCACGGAAACCUGUUGCACACGUUUGAAGAGCCAGCAAGAAAAAGGGAGUGUCACACCUACGUCAGCGACAUUUUGCGAUUGACUGACAAGCAGCUACUAUAAAUACAUCCGCUCGACUAAGUCAAAAAAGUCCUCGAACAGUCCAAAUGCUGUGUACAAAAUCAUGUUUCCACCUCUUAGUUUUACAAGUGUCUUCGCGGAUUGGCGACUUCACACAUAGAGCAUCGUGCUGGAAGACGCAACACAAGGACCUCAGUAAAGCACAAACUAAAAGUUUACCCAACGGAGGGAACUAAAUCACUUACGCUGUGUAAUCUGUGAGAGUGUGAUAACAAAGGGAACUAUAUCAGCAGUUGAGAUAAACUACUAAAGAGUUCUAUCAACAAGGGGACGUAGGUCACUUCAUCAGAGGACCUAAUCUGUUCGAUCAACACGUGUACUCGGAUCAUUCGUACGGUGAAACUAAAAGUAGGAGAAACUGGGAUUUAAGUUCUGGGACUUACUUGUUCCUACAACAAUAAGAAAAUAAGGAAGAAGAUCUAAUUUAUAAUUGUAUAAAACACACGAUCCGCUACAGCGUCUGAUGACCACAGGAUCGCACUGACGGGUAUGGCUGUGAUAACAAUGAACAAAUUGAGAUUAAAAUUCCUCUGCGGACUGCACGUUUUGACGUUGUGUACUCUGGUGAUGGGAGAACCGUUUUACCAAUUCCGAGACCACCGGGAUCAACUCAAGUACAUGCGGAAGACGGAUAAGAAGAAUGUCGUCAAGAGUCAGGAUGAUGCCGAGGUGGUUUUGGAAAAGUACGGCUACCUGAGAUGUAGCGUGUUGAGGAGAAAGCGGGAGUCUGGUUCUCACGGAAGGAGCUUCAGCUUCUCUGACUUGUUCAACAUGAAGACUCAGAACAUGUUCAAGGAAGGCGGCUUCGUGGGCGUGUGUAACGAGCACGAGAUCAAACAGGCGCUGCAGGAGUACCAGAGAACGUACAACCUGCCGGCCACGGGGGAACUCGACGAGAAGACCAAGCAGCUGAUGAGCAGUUCCCGCUGUGGUAACAAGGACAAUGAGGCCGAGGUGGUCAACCCCAAGGCCGUGGUUGAAGUCGUCGACGGGACGAAGAAGCAGCCAGGAGAGGAUAGCGGACAUCAGUCUAAGAGAGACUUACUGCAGGAGAGCAACAAAUCCAACAUCCCGCCAACACAGAGGCUGAGUAAGAGAUCCGCGCCGUCCAACACUAUGUUGAACGUCCUCGUGGGAAAACCACCGUCGUCCAGUCUCGUCAGGAGGAAGCGCUACAUUCAGGAAUACAUCGAAAGGCUCGGGGUGUCCGACCCGAGCAAGUUGUUCCAGCCGGUCACGGAGGAGGAGCGCAAGCAGAAGUCUGUCAUUGUGAAACGCAACGUGCACGAGGAGCCCGGCCGACACGGACAGAUGCCCGAGGACGGAGAAGAGCAUCUUCCGCUGUGGCAGGGCCGGGACGAGAACGGCGAGAUGUUCACUAAGGACGUUAUAAAAUGGCGGCUGCUCAGGUCGGGCUACAGCACGAAGAUUCCGGUAGAAGACCAGCGGGCCACGCUCGAUCUCGCCUUCCGGAUGUGGAGCGAGGUCAUCCCUCCCAGAUUCGUUGAGGACACGGACGGAGAUAUCAGAGACAUUGACAUCGAGAUUGCGUUCGGAAAAGGGGCUCAUCAAAACUGUCAACAGGAUUUUGACGGAAAUGGCGGAGAAAUAGCUCAUUCGUGGCAUGCCGGCAACAUGCAUUUCGACGACGAUGAGAAUUUCAAAUCCAUUCGUUCCGACAACCAAGACGGACUUUACCUCCUUCGCGUGGCCGUGCACGAGAUUGGUCACGUGCUCGGACUUGCGCACAAGAGUCGAUCGUAUUCCAUCAUGUACGCCUACUACCACGGCCUCGAGAUGUCCCACCACGACGAGAUAGAGCUGGGGUGGGAAGACAGAAAGGCCAUACAAAAUAUUUAUGGUGUGUGUAAGGGCGUAUUUAGCACGGUUUUCGACUGGGUGAGGAAGCGACCGGACAACUCGUUUAUCUACAACACGUACUUCUUCCGUGGGAACCACUACUGGAUGUACGAGAACCACGCCAAUCGAACGCGCUACGGCGACCCGCUUUACAUCGCGCGUGAGUGGGAGAACGUUCCGGACAGCGUGGACGGGUAUCUUCACAUGUUCUACUUCACCGGCACCGCCAUGGUGGACGACGCGUUUUUCUUUAAAGAUGACAAUGUCUACAAGUACGACAGCAUAAAUGAUCGAGUUGUGGAUGGAUACCCACAGAAGAUUGCAGUCAAGUAUCGACCUAAGUCUGGUCAGAACGAGAGUAUCCCAGACUCCAUCGAUUCCGUCUUCUUCGACAUGCGAGACAAGAACAUCUAUUUCUUCAAAAACGAAUAUGUUUACGUGUACGACCCCAAGGAGCCAGAAGACACGAGGGGUUGCUGUGUCAGGAAGCGCCUGGUAACGGAGGAGUACCCGGCCCUGGAGGGGGAGACUCCACUUCCGGCCAACCUGGACGCGGUGUACUACUCGUACAAGGACAAGGCCAUGUUCUUCAUCAAGGGCGAGGAGUACUGGAUCAACUCCCUGUACCACCCGAAACAGAAAGUCAUCCAGAACGCUAUCGAAUACAAAGGCAAAUGGUACGAAAAGUGGUUUGACAUUUGCGAUGUUACGAAAAUGAAGUGACAGUAUAAUUGAUAGGGACAGUGUAGUAGCUAGGCACACGAGCGUGUGAAGAAGGGUGUAUGUGUGCGUGUGUAUGUGUGCGUGUGUAUGUGCGUGGUGUUUGUGCAAUGCCCCAGACGUACGGGUCAGAACGUGCAAGCCUCCAGUAGAAAGAGAUUUAAAGGAGGGAGGAAGACGGGACUCCAUAGUGGUUAGCCGGCUUGUGACAGCGCUAAUUCGCAUAUAGUGUACACACACACGCAAAUCGCUGUGUCUUAGGGCAGUGGCUGUAGAUAAGGCUGACAGUUCACACGUGCUGCACGUGCUCCAAAACGCGCGGAUACGGUUAGCACGAAGAGAAGAAAGAAAACAAAAACAAAACACAUGAAACUUUUUAUACAAGAAGAGAUGUCUUUCAUAUCAGCGGGCUGAUAUAUUGGACAGUUUUGUGAUAUUGACGUUUGUGAAUAAUCUUACUUUGUGAUAAGGUGGUGCGACUGAAAGUGCUUUCGCGUCAUUUCGCUUGAACAGUUAUUUGUACUGGUUCAAAAGAGAUUUUAAAAACCUGCUGUUUUUACUUUUUUUAUACAGCAGAUUAAACAAAACAAAAUCUUUUGAGCCCUUCUAGCAGACAUUGCCGUGGUACAUUAAUUGUGUUGGUGCUUUCAGUAAUCAAGGGAGGUGACAGUUCUGGUUUAGGCUUCAAAUGCCUUACUGCACCGCGGUCACUAUGUUAUGCUCGCACAAAGUGAAGCCAUAUGGAAUUGUAGACAGUAGGCGAUGUACAAAUUUGUUGUUUGUAAUUUACAAAUCACAUUCCCCUUUCUUACCAUUGCCACCAUUUGCACGGGUCACGUUACAUUGAAGACGGACACACGAAAGUGUAAGAAAAGAAGAAACUAAAAAAACAAUAACAAAAAAACCCAAAAAAGAUUCUAAAGUGGACUUCAUUUAACUGGCUUUUUCGUGUUUUUCAUCGGUGGGCAUUGUUUAGACAUGUGACAACGAGUCUACUAUGACGUCAUGACAAUACACUGGCGUGCAAUCGCACAUGUUGGGUGUGGCGACAGUGGGUAGACAAUAAAAACACACUGUGUUGAUAAUUUUCUUUUCCAUGCACUGUUGUAGUGAUUAUAGUCGCGCCGCCGUGGCUGUAGUUGCCGAAGCGACGUCUGUUUAUGAUGUGCAUUUUAUUUGUUUUAAUCCUGGUGUAACAAUGACGUUAUCUGAUGCUUUAUUUCGUACUGUGAAACUGUGCGUUUUGUGAUCACUACCCGUUUACUCCGUUCGCCGGAAUUUCACUAGAACACUUUUAAAACAAUAUUUUACGCAUACCACUUGUCUAGGCUGUGUAUCUGUUUGUCUCAGUGGAGUUGUUGUAUAGCCGAUUCAUAACCGUUAUUGUUCUAUUAUUAUACCUGUGCUCUCUAGUCAAGAUGUCUGUAUCGUCGAAUUCUAAUAAUAGAAUAUCACUCUGUCAUAUUUUAACAUUCUAAACACAAAAACUUAGGAAUGUAAUUUAUUUUGUUGGUGUAACAUUUCAACAACUUGUGCUAUGCUUGUAUUUUUUGUUUUCCCUUGUUUAUCUGAAUGACGUUGAAUAGCAUGUAAAAUUGUAAAUAGUUUGUGCGCUGCUGAAAUUAGUUCGUUUUGCUUUCACAGAAGAAUAUUGUUAUGUAUGAUAAUGUUAACAGAUUGACGAUAUUGGUGAUACAUAUAACGAUACUGAUACACACUUUAAAAAACUCGCACCAGUUCGAUUUAUAGUUGUAAAUAGAUGUAAGAAAAAACAUAAUUGAUUUAACUCAUUUUGUCUAAGUACAUGUACUCUGGUAGGCAAUAAAUAAUUUUAAAAUUGUAUACAAAUAUGGAUAGGUUAUUGUGUUUCAUAGCAACAUCACACAUGCGAUAGCCAUAAUAACUGAAAAUUGGGUGGUGCGUUUUCAGUAUAUGACGCGUGUUCCUAAGUUGGAAGAUGCGGGACUAGACACCACUUUGGGGUGGGGGCGGGUUGGGGGGGGGGGGGCAAAAAUACCCGGCACUUUAACCAGUUCAGACCUUUUGCCCAGCACUAAUAACAGCUAAUCUUUCCCAUACACAUUUUGAAAAGUAUUAAAAUAUAUAUAUAUAUUUGUGCCAAAAGUCGGUUAUAUCCGGUACCUUUGAUACAGGUUGUGCCCGACGCUAAAUCUGCUUCAGAUACAACUUUGGAACCAUGUGGGGUUGAUGGGUUUGUUGUUUGUUGUUGGGUUUUUUUGGGGUGUU